GGCACUUGUAAAAGCAGGCCCAUGUGGUGCACUAAAAAACCGGGCGACAUACUAGCACUUUAUAAAACAUUUAACUGAAUACAUUUCACAGCUGAAUGUUAUAGCAGAUCUUUCCAGUAUGCUGAUAGAAGCAUUAGAAGGGGAUGUUACAGUCGUCUACUGUAAUGCCAUUUCUGCCUCAGUGCAGAUCGAGGUGGAACCUGUUGGUCGGUGGUUCGAGGCUUUUCUGAAGAGGAGGAACAGGAAUGUGUCUGCCUCCUUCCAGGAGCUUGAGGAAGAGGAGGAGCUGUCUGAGGAAUCUGAGGAUGAAGAGCUGCAGCUGGAGGAUUUCCCCCUGCUGAGAACACUGGACCCCAAAGACUGGAAGAAUCAAGAUCACUAUGCUGUCCUUGGAUUGGCUCAUAUGAGAUACAAGGCGACACAGAAACAAAUCAAAGCUGCCCACAAGGCAAUGGUGUUGAAGCAUCACCCUGACAAAAGGAAAGCUGCGGGAGAGCAGAUUGUAGAAGGAGAUGGUGACUACUUCACCUGCAUAACUAAAGCUAUAGAAAUUCUGUCAGAUCCUGUGAAGCGAAGAGCAUUUGACAGUGUAGAUCCUACCUUUGACAACGCUGUGCCCUCAAAGGGCGAAGGCAAGGAUAACUUCUUUGAGGCGUAUGCUCCCGUUUUUGAGAGAAAUGCCCGGUGGUCUUCCAAAAAACACGUGCCCAAACUUGGCACUAUGGAUUCCUCCUUUGAGGAUGUGGAUAAUUUUUAUUCUGUUUGGUACAACUUUGACUCAUGGAGAGAGUUUUCUUAUUUGGAUGAAGAGGAAAAGGACAAGGCAGAAUGUCGUGAUGAGAGGAGAUGGAUUGAAAAGCAGAAUCGUGCAGCCAGAGCCACCAGGAAGAAGGAAGAGAUGAAUAGACUACGGACACUUGUUGACACGGCCUACAGCCUUGAUCCCAGGAUAAAGAAAUUCAAAGAUGACGAGAAGGCCAGAAAGGAGAAUGAGAAGAAGGCCAAAGCAGACGCCAAGAGGAAAGAGCAAGAGGAGAAGGAGCGGGCUCGGCAGGCAGAGCUGGAUGCUGCACGGCUGGCCAAAGAGAAGGAGGAAGAGGAGGCCAAACUGGUUGCCCAGCAGGCCAAGAAGGAGAAGGAGAUCCAAAAGAAGGCCAUCAAGAAAGAGAGGCAGAAACUGAGGACAACUUGCAAGAACUGGAAUUACUUUGGUGACAAUGAAUCUGAUAGUGUGAAAAUGAUGGAAGAUGUGGAGAAACUUUGUGACCGUUUGGAGCUUGUGAGUCUGCAAUCCCUGAAUGAAGGAUUGGCAUCGGGUUCAAAGGAGGAGGGCAAGGUAGCGGUGGAGAAGCAGGUGCAAGAGGUGAAUGCCCAGCUGCAAAAGGAGAAGGAUGCGGAGGUGCAGGCCAGGCAAGCUGUCCGCACUACCGUACAGGCCAGCGGAGGAGGCGGGGGUGGUGGAAAGGGCUGGAAUGAGGAAGAGCUCCCGCUGCUCAUCAAAGCAGUCAACCUGUUCCCUGCUGGAACCAACGCCAGAUGGGAAGUCAUUGCCAACUACAUGAACUUGCACUCCACCAGUGGCAUCAAAAGGACAGCCAAAGAUGUCAUCAACAAAGCCAAGAACUUACAAAAGCUUGAACCCGGGCAGAAAGAUGAGAUUAACAAGAAGGCCUUUGAGAAGUUUAACAAAGAGCAUGCAGCCGUGCCCCAGACAGUGGACAACGCAGUGCCCUCUGAGAGAUUCGACGGUGCUGAAGCCAACACUGCAUCCUGGACCACAGAGGAGCAGAAGCUGCUAGAGCAGGCCUUGAAGACCUACCCAGUCAGCACCAAGGAGAGGUGGGAGAAGAUCGCUGCAGCUGUGCCUGGACGUACCAAGAAGGACUGUAUGAAGAGAUAUAAGGAACUGGUGGAGAUGGUCAAAGCCAAGAAGGCCGCCCAGGAACAAGUUGGCAGUAAAAGCAAAAAAUGACAAGACAAACAUCCCUGUUCUUCUUUUAACAUUAUUGUGUUGGUCUUUAUUUUAUAAUAAAAUUAAAAGAAACCACAA